GAAGGACACGGUAGCAUGACCUCUCUCAACGAGCAAAUGACCACAGUGUCCACUCCCCUGCUGGGCCACUACGAGUCCCCCCUGCCCCCCCUGUACGAGCCGCCCCCCAGGCCCCCCCCCAAGCCACGCCUCAUGUUCAAAAUGCCGCGUGUUGUGCCAGACCAGAAAACUAAAUUUGAGUCAGAUGAACUGUUCCGCAGACUGGCCCGGGAGACAGAGGUGCGGUACACGGGCUACAGAGACAGACCACUGGAGGAAAGGAGGCAAAGAUUUCAAGCAGGAGUGAGAGAAGGACACACAGAAAUGGCCUUCAUGACCAAUGGGACCAAUAUGUAUCUCCAGCUGGCCACAGGAUUCAACAGCAAGGAAGUCGAUUUUGAGAAGGAGCCAGGAAAGGUUCACCUCCGCUCCUGCUUCAUCAUGAACGGCGUGUGUGUGAGGUGGCGCGGGUACGUGGACCUGGAGCGGCUGGAUGGCGUGGGCUGCCUGGAAUACGACGAGGAGGCUGCAGCGGAAGAAGAUCGGUUUCUGAGAGAGGAGAUCGAAAAAUACAAGGCCAGACUGAGGGAGUUCGAGGAGAAACAGAGGGCGUUCCGUGUGCCCACCACCUCCCACGCCCACCACGCCCACUCCCACGCCCACGCCGAGCAGGCCAACAUACAAGUCCGCUAGCAGCAGAUCCUCAGCCUCCUAUAUCGCAAAUCCUAGCCGGCAGAGGGCGAGGCGGGGCGUAGUCAAUCACAGCGCGCCACGUCAUCGCCUUCUUCAGUAAGCUCCCCGCACCACGUCUCCGCCAAUCACAGCCGCCCCGCCCACCUCUCCACCAAUCACAGGCCGGGAAAUGUGACGCGGGAAGGAAAGGCGUUCAAAUAUGGGGACUAAUUGAGUUUUUUGGAUAAAUUUUAAAGAAGAAAGACGGAAUUGAUAUGGUGGCUUAAAAAUUGAAUGAAAAUAAGGAGGAAAUUGAAAGAAAGUGAGGAAAAAAGGAAAAAUAAAUGUAGAAAUGAGAAAUAAUUGUUUUUUU